AGGAGGAGGCCAUGGACGACUUGGGCUGCCCGCGGUGCAAGACCACCAAAUACCGCAACCCCUCCCUGAAGCUGAUGGUGAACGUCUGCGGGCACACGCUAUGUGAGAGCUGUGUGGAGCUGCUGUUUGUGAGAGGGGCUGGGAACUGCCACGAGUGUGACACCCCCCUGAGGAAGAGCAACUUCAGGGUGCAGCUCUUUGAGGACCCUGCUGUCGACAAGGAAGUGGAAAUCCGGAAGAAAGUGCUGAAAAUAUACAAUAAAAGAGAGGAAGACUUUCCCACUCUAGAUGAAUAUAAUGAUUUCUUGGAAGAAAUAGAAGAAAUUGUAUUUAACUUGACCAACAAUGUGGACUUGGAGAACACCAAAAAGAAAAUGGAGCUGUAUCAAAAGGAUAACAAAGAAGUCAUUCAGAAGAAUAAGUUAAAACUGACGCGGGAGCAGGAGGAGCUGGAGGAGGCUCUGGAGGUGGAGCGGCAGGAGAGCGAACAGAGGCGCCUGUUCAUGCAGAAGGAGGAGCAGCUCCAGCAGAUGAUAAAAAGGAAGAAUAAACAGGCACUCCUGGAUGAUCUGGAGAGCUCUGAUCUUCCUGCCUCUCUGCUCUUAGCUCAGCAUAAGGACAGAUCUACUCAGCUAGAAAUGCAGCUGGAAAAACCCAAACCUGUCAAACCAGUCACGUUUUCCACUGGCAUCAAAAUGGGUCAGCAUAUUUCAUUAGCUCCCAUUCAAAAGUUAGAGGAAACUUUGUAUGAAUAUCAGCCUCUGCAAGUGGAGACAUAUGGACCACAAGUUCCAGAGCUAGAAAUGUUGGGAAGGCUGGGGUACCUCACCCACGUUCGAGCCGCCUCCCCGCAGGACCUGGCUGGGGGCUACACGUCCUCGCUGGCUUGUCACCGGGCCCUGCAGGACGCUUUCAGCGGGCUCUUCUGGCACCCCAGUUAGCCCGGGAGCACCAGGCUGUGACCAAGGGACACGCAGCGGGGCGAGGAGCGACGCGAGGCAGCGAAGGCGGGGCGGGAUCGCGUCCGCCCGCACCGGCCGGGCUGCGCUCGCUGCUCUGUGCCCCCCUCUGGUGCAAACCCGGCUGCGCUCAAGUGUUAAAGGGAAAAACCAAACCCCCUCUGCACCGGAGCUGUGUAAAAUGGCAGAUACAUUCUUGUGGAGGGGGAAACUCGUUACUCAUGUGGCACUUUGCUGAGGGAGGCUGAAGCAAUAAGCCACAUCUAAUGGAAGAUGUGAAUAACUCAGCUGUGUACGUUUGAGGCUUAAAGAAAUACACUUGUAAAUUUUUUUUUAAAUAAAGCCAGACUUUAAUAAAGUUUGUGGUUUUACUCUUAUUGCAGGUUUUAUUUGCACAAGCAUUUAAAUGCCAUUUUGAUUAUAACAUUUAGUGUCAAUAUUCAAGCCUGCAUUUUCUUCCCAUAAAACUAGUUUUCCCAGUUUAGACAAGUGGGUUUUUCCUCCUGCCAGCUGGAGGAGACAAGAAACUCUGGAAAUAUGCUGACACAGCUCUUGUGUGGGAUCCUUCCUCCCUGUGUCACUUGGUUCUUACCUUUGCUUGGAAAACAAAGCUUUAGCUCAAGGUCUUUCAGCUGAGGUGCUCUAGAAGCAAUCUAAGAAAUGUCAAUACAAGGCAUUGUAGUCAAAAUUGUGGGGUUCCCUUUUGGGGUUUGUUUGUUUUGCUUUUGUAUGUUUGCUUUUUCCUGUUUACCUCCAUUUGCAGCUUUUCUGUCAUAAACUCAGGAGUUUAUUUAGGUGGGAACAUCCCUUUGGCUUUGGGGAUGGUCCCUGCCACCUGAUGUGAUCCUUUUUGUAUUCCUUGCCUGCUCCUUGUGAUGGAGCCUUGACCAAGUGCAGGAGGUGGGAAGCUGCUCAGGACAGCCACCCUGGGCCAUGUUUUAUAGGCCACCUGCUCAUAGCUGCUGAAUCCUGCUCUGAGGAGUGCACUAGAUGGAUGGAUUUUCUCUAUGCUGUAAUAAAGAGAUGAAUGAGAUCUA